AUGCGGUUAGCAACGCGGCUAGCAUUUGCCAUCGCAGCCUUUGCGGCUAUUGCUGCGACCCAGAACAUUCCACAAUGUGCAGCCGACUGUCUGGCCGCGGGUCUCAAGAAUUCGACAUGUACCGCGACGGACGCCGACUGCAUAUGCGCCGACAAGACACUGAUGGCCAAUGUCGAGGCUUGCUCACUGGGAGCCUGCACCGUCAUUGAAGGACUUCAGUCCCAAAAUGCCACGGCUACGCUCUGCCACUGGCCUGUCCGGGACAAGAGUCUUAUCGCUCCCAUCGCGACAGCCGUUACCGGUACCUUGGCUCUCGCUUUUGUCAGCAUCAGAGUGGUUGACUGUGCUGCUAAGAAGGAGUUCAAGUGGGCUGACCUGUGCGCGGUCCUUGCAUUUAUCUUUUCGUUACCUAUGGACAUAUUUGAAUUCUUCAUGAUGGUUUCAGGGAUGGGAAAGGACGUUUGGACCUUGACAGAAAAACAAAUCACGAACACAGCGAAGUAUACCUGGGUAACCCAAGUAUCGUAUAUCCCUGCAAUUAUCCUGACCAAGGUGACCAUCGUCUGCUUUUUCCUACAUAUCUUCCCGGGCCCCAGAUUCCGACUGCUAUGCCAGGGGACUAUCGUCCACUGCUUUCUGUUCAUGAUCUCGACUUUUAUCACUGAAAUUCUUACUUGCAUUCCGGUCGAAGAGGCCUGGUCAGGCUGGAAAGGCGAAAGUACAGCCCUGUGCUAUAAUAGCAACUCCUUCUGGUGGGCGCAUUCGGCAAUCAAUAUCGCUACCGAUCUAUGGAUCAUCGGCCUGCCCAUUCCAAUGCUCUUCGGACUCCAACUCAAGACGAGUAAGAAGAUCUACCUGGUUCUGAUGUUCAGCAUCGGUAUCGUAAUCACGGUAAUUAGUAUUGUCAGGUUCUCAGGUCUGCUAAAGUACUCCACGACAUCAAACUUAACAUACAACAACGUCAUGGUAGCAACAUACAGUGUCAUCGAGUGUAACGUUUCGAUUAUGUGCUGCUGCAUGCCUACCCUACUUUCCACCCUUCGCCGUGUCUUCCCCACGAUAUUCGGUAGUACCAAUCGCUCUUACAAUUACAAUUACAACAAUACUCCCUUUUUGGACACCAGUGGGAUCCAAAAGUCUGUUACACAUAAGGUGACAUACACGACUCCUGAUGGGCGUGAGGAUGAUGUAGUCGAGUUGGUGGAUAGAGGCGAGGACUACCCACGGAGGAAAUAG